AUGAAUACGACUUUGUGCACCAAAGCUCGGAUAUCGCCACCGUUUGCCCCGCGUACAGCCGCCAGUCAAGCGCUUUUGCGUGUCCCGGCGGAGUACUUUGUGAUGCCUGUGCGUAUAUGGCUCGAAGUGGGGCACUCGUGCGGACCACGAAGUACUCCGCGAGGGCAUGCAAAAGUGCUUGACUGGCGGCUGUGGGUACGCGGGGCAAACGGUCGCGAUAUUAGCGCUUUCGUGCACAAAGUCGUCUUCAUCUACGUCCUGCUAGCGCGUUUGUUUACCCUAAAAGAGUGCAUGUCCAUCAACGUGGAGAAACCAUCGAAACUGUUGUGGAAAGCACUCAUAGCGGCAGGCGGCGAGGCGGUAGAGCAUACCAAUAGGAAGCACCGCAAUGAUCGCCUGGUGAUAACACCUGAAACACAUUCUGGACCUCCCCUGUCUCGACACCAACUCGUAGAGCCUGUACAAUGCAAGCAUGUUCUGCGAAUACCAUCGCCGUAUGCCCUCGAUGAUACUUGUAUCAAAUGUGGUGAGUCGCAGAUCGAGUUAAUAAAAGAGCUGCGCAUGGCAAAUAUGACCGAGUAUAAAAUAGAUCAUGCUGCGCAACUGUAUGUUUCUUUCUUCGAUUACGAAAAGCACUUGGAUGCGAUCACAUUGCAGCCGUUCUCUGACCCUAUUUUUAAUAUACCGGAGUUGCCGGCGUCGCUGCAGGAAAUGCUGAAGAACGUUGGAAUCAAAAAGCCUGAGCUUUGA